CGCGCCCCUGCGGACAGCAUGGCAGGACCGAGGCCAGUGGUGCUGAGUGGGCCGUCAGGGGCAGGGAAGAGCACCCUGCUCAAGAAGUUGCUCCAGGAACAUGACAGCAUCUUUGGCUUCAGUGUGUCCCAUACUACAAGGACCCCACGACCUGGCGAGGAAAAUGGCAAAGAUUACUACUUUGUGACCAGGGAGAUGAUGCAGCGUGAUAUUGCAGCAGGGGACUUCAUCGAGCAUGCUGAGUUCUCGGGGAACCUGUACGGGACAAGCAAGGCGGCUGUUCGGGCUGUGCAGGCCAUGAACCGCAUCUGCGUGCUAGACGUCGACCUACAGGGCGUCUGCAGCAUCAAGAAGACUGAUCUGCAUCCCAUCUACAUCUCUGUGCAGCCCCCCUCGAUGGAUGUGCUGGAGCAGCGACUGCGGCUGCGCAACACUGAGACCGAGGAGAGUUUGGCCAAGCGGCUGGCAGCUGCCCCGGCUGACAUGGAGAGCAGCAAGGAGCCUGGCUUGUUUGACCUGGUGAUCAUCAAUGACAACUUGGAUGCAGCCUAUGCAACAUUAAAGCAGGCGCUCUCCGAGGAAAUCAAGAAAGCUCAAGGAACUGGCCAUGCCUGAGGGCCUGCUUCAUUCCAGAGUGCUGCCUGUGCUCCACAUAUACUUGGGUUAUGAGGUGGGGUGGUCUUUGCCAGGGCACCAAGGACUUGUAAUAGGCUUCCGCUGUGGAGUAGGAGGAGCUGCCCCUUGUCUGGCCACAUGGUGGCUCUUCACCCUGUACUGACUUGCCGAGGCUAAAGGACUACGAUAUGUACCCACACCUGUCCUCCCUGGGCUGUCCCUGUCCAUAUCCCUGUCCCUCCUGCUGGAGCAGGACUGACAUUCUAAUAAAGUAACUAUUGGGUUAGA